AGUAGCGCUCAGAGAACGCACUGAACGAUCUAUAUUCGUUUUUUUACAUGUAAUGGACAGCGAGAAAAUCAUGCUGGAAUCAUCCUCCGGCAAACGGCCGGCGAUCAUAGAGGCGCCUAAGAAGCCGGCAAAGAACAGCUACGCUCUCAUUUGCUCCCUUCUUGCUUCCAUGACCUCCGUUGUUCUCGGCUAUGAUUUGGCGGUGAUGACCGGAGCCUCCCUUUUCAUCCAAGACGAUCUAAAGAUCAGUGACACAGAGUUAGAGAUCCUCGCCGGCAUUAUUAGCUUCUACUCCCUGAUCGGCUCCCUCGCCGCUGGCCGCACCUCCGAUUGGAUCGGCCGUCGCUACACCAUGCUUAUGGCCACCACCAUUUUCUUCACCGGAUCGAUUCUCAUGGGCUCCGCCACAAACUACGCCUUCCUAAUGUGCGGCCGCUUCGUUGCCGGCAUCGGUGUCGGCUACGCUCUCAUGAUAGCGCCAGUCUACACCGCCGAAAUUUCCCCUGCCUCAGCCCGCGGCUUCCUCGCCACCUUCCCCGAAAUAUUCAUCAACGUGGGCGUCCUCUCCGGCUACAUCUCCAACUUCGCUUUAUCUGGUCUGCCGGAACACAUCAGCUGGCGCGUGAUGUUCCUUGUCGGUGCCAUUCCUCCAAUCCUAAUCUUCGCUGGCGUCCUCAUCGUGAUGCCGGAGUCUCCUCGCUGGCUCGUGAUGCAGGGCCGCCUUGAAGAAGCCGCCGCCGUUCUCGCCAAGACCUCCGACUCCCCCGAAGAAGCCGCACUCCGGCUUGAAGAGAUAAAAUCGGCAGCCGCUGAUGAGGAACACGGCCACGGGAAGGGCGUGUGGAGAGAGCUUCUUCUCCGGCCAACUCCAGUGGUCCGCCGCAUAGUCAUCGCGGCGGUGGGUAUCCAUUUCUUUCAGCAAGCCUCCGGCAUGGACACGGUGGGCCUCUACAGCCCGAGGAUAUUCGAAAAGGCAGGGAUCACCGGCAGGCAGAAGAAGCUGGGAGCAAGUGUGGCCAUGGGAUUUAUCAAAACCAUAUUUAUACUGGUCGCCACGUUCUUUCUAGACAGAGUUGGCCGAAGGCCUCUGCUUUUAAUCAGCGCAGGGGGGAUGAUACUUUCAUUUCUUGCGCUUGCGUCGACAUUGCUAGCAAUCGACCGGCGAGGGGAGGGCGAGAAGUCGAAAGCGGCGCUGGGGGUGAGUAUAGCAGCUGUGUUAUCAUUAAUGGCGUCGUUCUCUAUAGGAUUGGGACCGAUCACUUGGGUCUAUAGCUCAGAGAUAUUUCCGUUGAGACUGAGAGCGCAGGGGGUGAGUUUGGGGGCGGGGACGAACAGGGUGAUAAGUGGGGUGUUGACAAUGUCCUUCAUUUCGCUGUAUAAGGCCAUAAGUAUAUCGGGGACUUUCUUCCUCGAUGCUGGGAUAGCUAUGAUUGGUUGGUUUUUCUUCUAUUUUUUCUUGCCGGAGACGAAGGGGAGGAGCUUGGAGGAGAUGGAGAAGUUGUUCGGGAAGAAAGGGAAGCAGGAAGGGAAGGUGGAGGCUUAGUUGAGAACGAAGAAAUGGACGAUCUUGCAGCUGUUGCCGAUUCAAGCUAUGAAAAACUGCAAUUCUAAUUUCUAAAAUGUGCGUCUUUGUCUCACUUUUUAUAAAAAGAAAAAAAAAAUUGGAAGCUGAAAA